CACACGUGCACACAGUGAGAUGCCUGCGGAGUGCAAUAGACACCAAGGCAGCAUUCUGUCCUUUAGCAUGGAAAAGAACUCAACUGAAGAUGAGUGCGCGGACUCGGGAGCUGAAACCGGCGGGUCUGAUUGUAGCCCCAUGUCUUCUGCUGGCAGUGAACUGUCCAUGAGUGAUAUACAGGACCCCUUUCUGGUUAGUGUUCACAUAAUCACCGAUUUGGGAAAUGGGCAAGUGCUGCAAAAAGCCAUUGAUAGUAUAUUGGCUUGGAUCCACCCUGACCUAAAACUCUUUCGAGUAUCUGAAAGGGGCUACUGGAAGAAACCCAAAAAAUCCAGAUAUGAAAUUGUGAUUCAGCCUGCGCUGGCUGUCAUCUUGUUUUUGCAAGAGGACUAUGGAGAGCAGCAGAUCCUAAAACUACACCAGUCUCUUCAAAAGCCACCAUGGCAGUACCACCACACUGAGAGUGUCAAUGGUCACAUGCUGCCCUACAUGGCUUGCAAUCAAGAUUACUUUAUUUUGUCCUCUGGCACUCCUUUAUGGGCAAUCCGGCAGGUACACUAUGGAAAGGAGAUUGUUCGUUUCACUAUUUACUGCAGCCACAAUAACUUUUUGGACAUGGUAAAAAUGUAUCAGCUUAUUCUCAAAAGGAGUGUAUCCCAAAAGAAGGGAGACUUCUGUUUCUUUAUUGUCUACUCCAACAUAGACACAGAAAUACAACUUUCUCUGAAGAGGCUCCCGAAAGGCCAAUAUCCUACUCCUACUGAGUAUGCAAUUGUUGAAUUUCGAGUAAAGAGUAUCGGUGAGCUUGUUCCUAUGUUGCCCAAUCCUUGCACCCCUAUUAGUGAUGUCAGAUGGCAAACUGUGGACUACGAUGGAAACCGAAUUCUUCUGCAGGUCAGAAAGCCAUCCAGGAACUUUCACCGAAGGCACACAGUCUCACAGUACAAUCUGGAGCAAGAGUCCUCAUUAAGUUCACCUCUUGUGUGCAUUCACCACGGCCGAGGACCAGUGUCAUAUCGCAACAGACGUUAUCAGAAGGGAGGAACCACUUCUUCGCGAUCUCGACAGCACCUAAGGCAUUCUCAGCAGGACCUAUCAAGUUACUGCCAAGGUGACAGCACCAGUCGCAGAAGCAGUAGCUCUUCUGAAACAUCACUGUCAGCACAACGUAGUCGAUCCCUUUACUGUUUGCCAUCUGCCGUUGACUCCUCCUCGUUCACAUCCUCAGUGCUUUCCCGAGCAGUUUCAGACAGGAACAUUUCGUUCAGUGUCUUCACUGAUGACCUGGAUGAUGCAGAUGAGACAGAUGUGGACACUGGAUUGAAGAUGAGAAGCUCUGAUAUGACAGUGGUAUCUGGCUAUUCCAGGCUAGGUGAUCCUUUCCAGGGCUGUAGGUCUUCCUCCGAAAAGAUUUGCCAGACAUACUCCAGUAAAACUCUUCCCAGUCAGGCUCGUUUACAGUCCAUGAUGAAGAAUCCAGUCCCUUCUUUUUCUCAGUUGUCAUGUGGUUCACUCCCGUCCCUCACUGACAUCCUGCAUGCCUCAUCUUCUUCCAGAGACCUGUGGCCUGCUAGCGUUUACCAGCACAAGCUGACCACUUCAGUCACACAACGCCAUCCCAAAGACCAUAGACACUCCAAAAAGACAGACACUACCUCUUUCUUAUAUCACGACAAUUUCCGCAAAUUUACCACAGGAGGACCUUGAACUGGAGUUUUAUAUCUAAGUUAUCUGACAUGUAUGUACUACUCAAGGCUUUACCAUCUUCAUUUUUGGAAAGUAUGUAUCAGGUAUCGGCUGUAUGUGAUGCCGAAUGUCCACCUGUUCCAGUAGCAUCACCCUUAUGAGUUUGCAUUUUUGCAGCUGCCUUUGUUUAGCCUUUCCAACAAAAGUGCUGCUCUUUUAUAAAAGAUGCCUGCAAGAAUUAGCAACAUUACCUGGAAUUUGUGUUGGAUGUGCAAAAGCCAGCGAGGCUCCAGACAGCAAACUGAGGAAGGGAUUCGGGAUUACUUGAAGCACCACGGGCCAGGAGCUGGAUAGUUUGAAACGAAA